AUGGCCUAUGAAAAAUCAACUGAUAUCUGUGACAUCUCCAGGUCCCUGUUCAAGUACCCAUGGCUGGAAUACCCAGAAAGGACCAAAGAACUCAGAAAAGUCAUGGCUCCUGUUCACCUGCCCCUGUCCUGCUACCAGAUGCCAAAGGAAGAGUUUCCCCCAAGCCCAGAGUGCUGGAGGCAGCACCCGAGCAAGCCACAUUCAGUGCCUUACUGCUACUUCAAGAAGCCUGAGAUCUACACACACUGGCACACUCUGUAUGAUCAGCGACAAGAACGGGAUGCCCAGAAAAUGUUGUGGAAAAUGAGAGAUCACCCUAGGCAACUCAAAGAGGGCACGCCCAUCCAAAAAUUCCAUCUCCCUAUGAGCAAGUUGACUAUAAAAUCUCGGAUGGCAUCCAAGCCCUCAGACCCUACUGGGAACCCCCUGAAGUGGCAAAGAUUAAAGGAACUCACCAAAAGCCUAGAAUCUCCCAGAGAGCAUGAGCAGUUCUAUGCAGCACAGGCUCUGGGAUGCCUGGGUGUCAGUGACAAGUUUGUCAUAGAGGCACUACGGCAGGUGGCCCAAACUGGUCCAGAGAAAGUCAAGUAUGAGGCCUGUCGAAGCCUGGCCAUGCUGGGCUGCCUGAGUAAGCACGUGAUCCAGGUUCUCAUCACACAGCUGAAGGGGCAAAAUGAGGGGCAAAGGAUGGAUUCUCUGACAGGGCUACGAGAGGCUCUGAACUCCUGGGCUGCUGUCCCCAAAGACAAGAGGACUCAGGUCGGGGAUGAAGAGAAGUUGGUACCUGUGCUGCAGAUGCUGAUAAAUAAGUCAUCGGACGAAGCAGCUGUGGAGGCAGCCCUGUGCUUGGGUUUCCUGAGGCCCUGCAGCAACACAGCUCAAGAGUUCUUGUUGCAGUGCCUGAGCCAAGGGUCCAAAACCCAGCAGAUGAAGGCACUCAGGAUGCUGGUCAAGAUGAUGCAUGUACACACAGCCACAGUCACCAGGGCCAUUCUAGACCAGCUGUGCUAUUCUAGUGUCCUGGAGCACCGCUUUGAGGCCACCCAGAUGCUGAAGACCAUUGGGCUGGAAAAGAUCCAGGCACAAGAGCUGGAGGGAUUCACAUUUGACCUGCUCUGGAGGAAGACAUAUAAUGAACCUUUCCUUGCUAUGAGGCAGGCUGUGGCUGAAACUGUGGAAGAGCUCAAGAUGAAGCCUACAAUGAUGAACUUGGUGGAGGCGCAACUGAUGAACUCAAAUGCCACUGCACGCCAGGAAGCAGUCACCUCUUUGGGCGUCCUGGGGAUCCGCAACCCGCAAGUGUUCCACUUGCUCCUGGACAUGCUAGACACAGAAAAGAGCCAGGCUGUGAAGAAAAGCCUACAAGAAACAUUAACUCUCUUGGCCUCAACUGAUCCCUGGAUCCAAAACAAGCUGAAGAACAAGGUUCUCUUUGUGUAUGAGGCACUUAAGACUAAUGAGGAGGAAGGGCCUACAAGGUUCCGGAAAGAGCCUGAGAACCCAGAAGAGUUAACUAUCCAAGACUUUCAACUUGCACAGCUGAACCCCUUGUUUAUUGCAAAGUCCAGAGCCACAUCAGACCAACAGAAAAAGCUGAGUGCCCAGAGAGGCUCUGCCUUCUACCUCACCUCUGCCUUCCCACCCUGUUUCUCUAAACCAAAACACAAGGAACCAGCCACAGGGCCCUGGGUGCCAAGGAUCAGGAAGCAGCUCCAGAUUCUUGCUAAAACCUCCCAAUAG